AUGGACUUAACAGAACGCAGAAGGAGAGCCCUUGCCCAAAUUCAGCUUCAGCAGCUGCUCAGAGGAAGACUGGAUCUGUUCUUUGCUCCUGCAAAAGAGUGUUUUGCUGGGGUGUCCUGUGGCACUGGAGAAGCUCAGGUGAGGCACUGGCUGGGAGGAGGGCCCACAGCCACUGAGAGCCACAGAGGACAGAGCCACAAAGGAGAGCCUGGGGAGUCAGGACUACCAUCCUCUCAAAAAUGGUCAGAAAUGGGGAUUUGUGAGAAUGAACCACCAAGUGCUUUUCUGGAGAGGCUAGACUCUGAGUUGGAACUGUCUUGCCUGCAUUCCAUCCUGUCUACACUGCCAGCACAUCCCCAAAUAUUCUUGAAUGAUGAGACAAAAUGUGUUUUCCCUGGCCAUUCAAAGCUCAUGUUUUCAGAGCAAACAGUAGAAUACAAGAAAAUGCUUUCAUGUGAAAAAAGUACCCCAAAUGAUCUGCAGAUAACACUGGCAUUACUGGCUCUACAAGCUUUUGAAUUAGCAAAUCUGUUAUGCCAUAAUUAAGGUACAAGCAGAACAAUUAAAAUAGUGAGAUUAAUUUUAAAAGUUGUCCUAAAUGAUUUCUUUUGCAUUAAGUCUGGAUGCAAACCAUGCAGCCAUGAAGCUCCUGCUUUGGUUUGUAUGACCAGAUAGACUUAAAGUAAGUGGAAUUCAAAUUCAUGGAAAGCUGGUUGAUAUGGAAGGAAAUUUUUGACUUUCAAAUUGUGCUUGAAAAACAUUCAGGAUUGGGAAACCAUUUCAAGGAGAAUAUUGAUAUAUCCUACAUAAAUAUCAGAUUAGACCCUAAAGAUUUAACAUGAAGCUUUUACUAUGCCUUCAACACCCAUUCUAAAGGGCUACAGUCCCAGAUACUGUCUCUCCAGACUGUCUCUGACCAUCUAAUGGAAGUAGAUGUUUGUAAAAUCAACCCCUCUGUACUUGCUCUGAGCCAGGCUGAGUUGAUGGUAAGCUGUUACCAUUUCUGCACUUUGUAGAAUAAUUUUGGUCAACAAAAUUUGAUUUCUCUUCUCUCAUGCCUUUCCUUCCACUUCAAAUGCAAUAAAUGGAGGCCCUACAGUGAAAGUUGCAACAUUAACCUUACCUUUAGAUAAACCUUUCUCUAAUUAGGAACCCUAGCAGUGUUAUUUGAAAUAAAAAUGAGCUUGAGGCUAUCUGUCGUUGCUCAGUUAUAGAGAGGCAAAUCAAGUAUUUCCCUUAUAGAAGGUCUCCAGUUUAUAGGAGUCAAGGUAUCUCUUACACUUAGAUUUUUCUGGGUUAACUCCUUUUGUUGUGUGUUGAUAACUUUGAUAAAAGGCACUUAAGAAUGUAAGUUUUUAAGGAGUCCCAAAGUAAGACUUAACCAAUUUCAGAAUUUGACUGCAUAUAUUAGUUUAUAUUGUGUGCUAAAUUACUAUGUCGUGUGUUAUUUUAGUGUUU